AUGGCCAGUGUGUUCUUAGUGCUCCAGGCAGCAAGCUGGGCUCGUAUUCGGCUGCCACUGUUUUUAGCUCAACGUUGCCGCACCAUGUCUUCUCAAAAACAAUUGGUACCACCUCCUGCACCCCUGCUACAGCCACUGUCUGUCCCAGACAGGCUACUGCUGGGCCCUGGGCCCUCCAAUUCCUCUCCCCGGAUCUUGUCUGCAGGUGGUCGACAGCUCAUAGGACAUAUGCACAAAGAAAUGAUCCAGAUAAUGGAUGAGAUCAAGCUGGGAAUCCAGUACGCCUUCCAGACACAGAACCCUCUCACGCUGGCUGUCAGUGGCACCGGCCAUUGUGCCAUGGAAGCAGCCUUACUGAACAUGGUGGAGCAGGGAGACAAAGUGAUGGUAGCUGUGAAUGGAUUUUGGGGCGAACGAGCAACGGAUAUUGCCGAGAGGCUUGGAGCUGAAGUACAUCAGCUGGUCAAGGCCCCUGGAGAGUACUUUACUCUAGAAGAAAUAGAGAGGGGUUUGGUGGAGCAUGCCCCCCUCUUAUUUUUCAUCACUCAUGGAGAAUCAUCUACUGGCGUGGCUCAGCCCUUGGAUGGCCUUGGCGAACUCUGUCACAGGUAUAAUUGCUUACUAUUGGUAGAUGCUGUGGCAUCACUAGGUGGCACUCCAAUUCUCAUGGACCAGCAAGGAAUUGACAUUCUCUACUCCGGUUCCCAGAAAGUCUUAAGUGCACCACCUGGUGCUUCUCCUAUCUCUUUCAGUAAGAGAGCCAGGAACAAGAUUUCCACAAGGAAGACAAAACCAAUCUCCUUCUAUCUGGACAUGGAAGAGCUCACUAAAUACUGGGGCUGUGAUGAUAACCCAAGAAAGUAUCAUCAUACUGCACCCAUCAACACAUUUUUCUGCCUGCGAGAAGCCUUGGCAAUUCUUGCAGAAAAGGGGCUAGAAAACUCCUGGAAGAUUCACAAGGAGAACAGCCAGUAUCUGUGUGCAGGGCUGCAGAAGUUAGGCCUUCAACUCUUUGUGAACGAACCGGAUGCAAGGCUUCCAACAGUCAACACAGUCUUUGUACCCAAGGGAUAUGACUGGAAGGAAAUCACUGAAUAUAUUAUGAAAAAUCAUGGGAUCGAGAUUUCAGGAGGCCUGGGUGCUUCAGCAGGCAAGGUUCUUCGAAUAGGAUUGAUGGGCUACAACUCCACUAAAUUCAAUGUUGACAGAAUCCUCAAUGCCCUGGAAGAUGCCCUCCAGCACUGUCUCAAGAACAAGCUAUGAGGUUCCACCCCAUUGUUAAAGAGAAUUUGACCCCUGCAUUCUCUCUACCCACACUCUUCCAAUUUGCUUAAUGCACUAUGGGCCAGCAUUUUUUUCUAACCCAUUGCUUCAUCCAGUCAUCUUUCACAGGGCACAAGGGAAGACUUCUACACAGAAGGAGCUGGCAGUCAAGACAAUGCCUUGCAAGUUAUUUGAAGGCCUUUCUACACAAUCAGAUCCUAAAUUCCUUCUCUUUAUUCCACUAUAACUGUGUAACUAUAGCUUACAGUUCACACAAGAAUAAAAUUAGGUUUCAUUGCAUGUGUGCAUACCAACAUAACAUAGCCAUGUGCAAGUUAUCCCUAUAAAGUUGAUUUGGCAAGCAGCUGCUGUUAAUCCAUUUGCAUUUUUCUUCACUAAAGGUAUGCUUUAUUGUCCAAGUUGACAUGUGAACACACACACAUAUUCUUCUAGUGGCAUGCAGGUGUGGAAGACUAUGCACUCUACGUUACGUAUAUAAAUCUUUCAAAUUUUUCCAAUACAGCUUCUGCCUUUGGUGUUGGUGCUGAGAUCUUCUCACCUGUUUUGGCUCUGAGCACUUUAGCUCUAGUCUACUGGUGAUAAAAUAAAUUGGAUGAAAGCUGCAAAAAACAAGACUGAGGUGGGCCUUAGACCAAGUUAGGUUUGACACAGUAACCCUGUUCAGACAACAUGCUAAGCCAUGGUGGUUAACUAUUUUGAACUAAACAUUAUGGCUUAGCGUGUCGUGUGAAGCACUCCUAACCAUGGUGGCUACAUAACCAUGGUUUAAACACGCUCACUAGCCAUUUGCUGCAAAAGCGUUAGCGGCUUGGCUUAGUGUAUUGUCUGAACAGGCCCCGUGAAGAGUCUUUCCUCUGCCUCCUUUACAAUAGAUUUCAGGGGUGCGAAAUCCUGACAUAAGCACAACUCAAGGCGACAUUUCCUCAACAGUCUUGAAACCACUUAAGGUGAAGUGUAAUGGCUCUAAAGCAUAGCCUCCUUUUGCCUCCAUUCAUGUUCCUUUGCAUGCCAAGGAGAGCUCAAAUGCUGGCUUUUUUAACAGCAAAUCAAUAGUUUGCCAUUCCUAUGAUUUACAGUCCUGCCACUUUACUCAAAAGGUCAAUUGUUUUUAAUAUUUCUCUAUGUAAGCAGAUAUUAAAAAACUUAAUCAUGA